UUCAAAGUUGCACCCCUAGUCUACGCUAAUGAGAAGUAUGUCCUUAUUCCACAUCUAGCACCUUUCUAACAACUGUCGCAGUAUUAUAAGCGUCCUAAUAAGAUUAUGCAUCCACAAAGACUCCCACAGACAAAGUGGAUCCAGUACACACCUCCGACAGGCGGAUCGCAAAUGCCCAACCAAAGCGAAGUUCCUUCAAUGAGACGCGACGUCUCUCAUCCGGUACCAGCAUACGGUCAACAGCAUUUGUCGUACGCAGGAGUACAUUCCCACACGUCUGCGCCGAGUUUACAGAGAGGAGACCAAUCUGGCGUUUCUGGAUUUUCAUAUGCACCUUACGCGCCGGGCGUUGGAAGAGAACAGCAGCACGCGACACACUUGAACAGCCAGGUUCCACCCUCAACCAUGCAUCCCGGUCCAAACUCAACUCAAAGAUAUGGACCGCAAGAUGUAGCAUAUCCCAAUCCCAAUCCUGCUACCAAUAGAACAGCACCUUACGCGCCUUUCUUAGCUCACCCCGAAAGCACAUCUACGUCGCAAUUUCGUUACGGACAUCAAGACUUUGGAAGAACACAACAAUAUGCGUCCUCACCUACUGGUCAGGCUUAUCAACAUCCAGCUAUUGGCAGGGGACCAAUUCCUCCAUCGCCUGUAUCACCAAUUGACCAGAAUAGGCUCGACCGGACGUUGCUUGAGAUGCACCAGCUCGUGGCUGCAGGGUUUGACACGGUUCACAGAAACCAAGCGGAACUCCUAGAUCGUGUUACGCAAGUUCAGGAUCGUUCUCGCCUAGAGACGUUUCAGCUGCUGGAUCAGUUUCGCAGCAAGGUUUUGUCUUCAUUUCAGACAGUGCAUGCUCGCUUGGAUCACGUGGAGAGGUCUGUGGGCAAGCCAAAUGAAUUGCCGGCGAACAGUAAAGCGGUCGGUACGGAGAAGUCACUUAAGGACCGUUUACAGGACAUGGAGUGCACGUUGCUGGAGAUUCUCGAGAAGUCCAAUGAUCCUGAAGCAGACAGAUUGCCGCCCCAUAUCACGCGCGAAAUUGGAACAAGUCCACAUAUACAACCAGAGUAUCGAGACGCUGCCAUCGAGGCACUCGUUUUACCCCUGGUCGACGUAGGCGUUGAGGCACGCAUGGCCGACGCGCGUCCGUUGGGUAGCGUCGACGUUGCAGUCGAAACGACUCCCACCUUGCAAGUCGACCAAGGCGUCGAUCCGCCCUCUCCAAAAAGUCUCGCGCAGGCCGACACGUCUUGCCACCUAGCAGAGCAAGCUAGCAGCCCAUUCACGCCACCUCGAGUGCCACCGCCUUUUCAUGUCUCUCCCAUUGUUGCUUUGCACACUCGGUUUCCCGGCACUCCAAUCAGACAGGAAACAUUAGGUCCCGCUCAGUGGUCUCGAGACAGUUCACAUGAUUCUUCCGAUAACCUGUUUGGCUCACCCGUUCCUUCUGGUACUCAAUCUCCAGCAAGUGAAUUCGACCCUGUGCCCUUGAUACGGUCAGAUUCCGAAGAAAGCGUUCCAAUACGAGACGCAGACCUUUCCUUAUCUUCGCGUACCACAACACCGAUCGCCCUGCAGGUUGCAAACCGUGAUGCUACGCCACCGUCCUCAAAUAGCUCGGACGUUACUGCAGUCGACCAAGGUGCUUCUGCUCUGUGUACUCCGCAAGUGCGACCACAACCGUUGGGAUCUCCUAGUCGUGUUGACGACACGAUUGAAACUAUUGGAUCUUCAGCCACUCCGAUUGUGAAUCGACCGUUGGAUAUUCCGCCAUGCGUUGACCUCUCCAAUUCGUUAUCGCAAAUUGACAGUGCUAGUCCUAUUCAUGGAACCGGGAGCAUCGAAAUCAAUAGCUUGCACACUACAGGUCCACAGGCCCAGGAUAAGACGUCGCGAUCACCACGCCCAACAAGCGAUGAAAGUGAUACGUUUAGGCCUUCUACCACUUUCACCGUAACGAGCCCGCAUAUAUGUGCUUCGCUGCAGCUCGAACCAACCAGUCCCGUCCAUCAGAAUGAAAUCUCGGUCCUCAAUACUUUAUCUGUUCCUAAUGCUCAAUCUCAAUUAGCAAGUCCGACCAGCGAUAGGGACCCGAUCCAACGGCCAGUGUUUCCGAUUCACAGAAACCAGGCUGCGCAGGCGUCACCGCUUCAUGAGCCAACUAGCCCAUCCUUAUCUAUGCGGAGUCCGAGCCCUGUCCAUCGUACCAGCGGGGCCAGCAUCAGUGACUUGCGCUUUGAGGUUUUUGGGGGGAUGACUGUAGAAAAUUGGCUCCAAGGUCCUUUGCCUCCAAUGUUUGGAGAACCUCGACGUUCAGACCAUUCGCAGAAAAACGCUAGUAGUGAAUCUGCGGGUACUUCUGGGGACGAGCAGAAUAGUUUGAACGUACCGUCGCUCACGUCGAAUCGUACUGUGUCGCCGCCGAUCUACGAAGACCCUAAGCCAGAUGUUAUGGCCUUGUUCGACGACCCUGAACCCGAACCUGCUCUGUCUACACCUACUCUUUCUUUUUCUACUCCUGUUGAUGCACUCUCGCCUCCGUUCGUUGGGCGAAAGAGAUCAUUGUCAAUAUCCUCCUUGUCCAGUCUAUCUGAUCUGUCUCCCCCGAACUCGUCUCGACGUUCUCCUGCACCCUCUGAGCAACUCUCCACCAUCACUACGAGUAGUUCUUCUGUUCCUUUGGCUCAUUCGAGACGAUCGGGCAGAAGGCCGAAGAAAAAGCAGAAGUUUACUGAGUUUAUUGACUUCCUGACAAGUAAAAAGCGCAAAGGCCGGCCGCCAAAGGUCUCUGCGAAGUCACGCUCUGCCCUCAAAGAGAUACUCGAUCCCGUGGUUGACUGUGAUUGGCCUGAGGUGACAUCUCCUACGGGGUCUGAGGAAAUGUCCAUUCAGUGUACAGGGUGCCUGUCAUGGUACCAUCUCUCUUGCGUUGGAGUCACCGAAGACCACGAGUGUCUCCGUACCGACAAGUCCUUCUAUUGCCCGCCUUGUCAAGCUACUCGUGAGAUCUACGGGAAAAUCCGUAAAGUUACUUCUGUGAAAGAUGAUACUUGCGCGCGUCCAAGUUGCACGAAUCCUUCGUUGGCGGAACCUGGCCGGUUCUUUGUCGAUCACAUCAUAGGACGAAAACCUCAUUGCGGUAAUCCUGGGAGCUUUCGUUGGCUAGUCAAAUGGGAAGGCUAUCCUAUUGCUGACGCCUCUUGGCAAACGCAAGCUGAUUUCCCUCGUUCCGAAUACUAUACCUGUGCCUUCGAUGAACGAGCUAGGCGUGAAGGUCAUGACGUUUCCGACUAUAAUAGCAAUAUACUUCUGCGGGAAGCCCGCGAUGCUGGUUGGAGGUAGUCUAUCGAUGGUGGACAGUUAUGCUCAAUACUUUUCUUUUUCUCAUUAUGUUCCUCCGCUCUUUUCGAUUAUGUCUUGUCACCAUUUUCUUGAUGUUUUGCUCUCGUCGCUUGAUACACUUUGUCGUUCUUGCUAUGCCGUUUUCACCCUAUAUUUCAUAUGCUUCAAAACGUUUGUCUCGCUGUAGUUGAUGUUCCACAUUACUAUACAGUAUGGAUAUUGAUCCUUCUAGUACGAAGUGGCAUACGUACAGCUGUUAUAGCACUAAAGUCCUUCUAUACGAGUACACUUUUACUUCCGGACGAAUACUCGACUGAUACAAAAACAUGCCAAUAUGAGGAGUAACGGGACUUGUAAUCGAUAAUUGAUCCC